AUGGGGGGCCUUGUUGAGAAAUCUUCUUUCAUUCUCUUUUUCCUCCUUACAUCGUUUUUUGUUUUCUCUCACUCAAAGGCAAUCAAACCAGAACAACCAUGCAAGAGGAUGGUGCUCUAUUACCAUGACAUCCUUUUCAAUGGCACAAAUGUAGCAAAUGCCACAUCUGCCAAAGCUUCUAAUGCAACUCAACUGACUCACAAUUUUGGCAUGCUGGUCGUGUUUGACGAUCCCAUCACCAAAGAUCACCAUCUUCUUUCCCCCCCAAUCGCCCGAGCUCAAGGCUUCUAUUUCUAUGACAUGAAGACUACAUAUAAUGCUUGGUUCUCCUACACUUUGAUAUUCAACUCGACCGAGCACAAAGGUACUAUAAAUAUUAUGGGUGCAGACAUGAUGGACUCAGAGACUAGGGAUCUUUCGGUGGUUGGAGGAACUGGAGAUUUCUUCAUGGCAAGAGGAAUUGCAACGUUUCGAACUGAUACUUUUCAGGGUGAUGCUUAUUUUCGCCUCCAGAUGGAUAUUAAGUUGUAUGAAUGCUAUUAG